AUCACUUCCAUCGGGCAAAUCGAGCUGCCAUACCGCAAGAUAUGGAAAAUGAAGCAAUUUAACAGGAUGCAAAGUGAAAUGGUAGGAGAAUUGCUGACAGGCGACGAAAACGUUGUCGUAACAGCCCCAACAGGAGCUGGAAAGACAGUUCUUUUUGAAAUGGCAUUGAUUCGCAUGUUUCAGAAUCACAAAGAGGGGAAGGCAGUAUAUCUUGCACCAACCAAAGCAUUGUGCUCCGAAAAGUUUCGGGAUUGGAAUCAUCGUCUCAAAGAAAUGAACUGCAAGGUUUUAGAGAUGACAGGUGACUCUAAAAUCUCAACUCCAGAGGAAGCCAAAGCUGCGCGCUUGGUCAUUGCAACGCCAGAGAAAUGGGACUUUAUCACUCGUCGAGCAGGGAAGUCAGAUCCCCUCAUGUCAAAAUUGAAGUUAUUCUUGGUAGACGAAGUGCAUUCAGUGCGCGAGAAAGUACGAGGUGCCCUUUUGGAGGUUCUCAUCGCACGUACAAAGAGUCGUGAUCCUGAUACAAGAAUUAUUGCAGUUUCAGCAACCAUUCCAAAUGCAGAUGACGUUGCUCAAUGGAUCGGCUCACGACAACGAAGCCCUCGUGACAAGCCCGAGACCCGCAAGCUGACACCAUUCGUCUUUUCUGAGGAUUUUCGCCCUUGUCCUUUGCAAAAGGAAAUUUACGGCUUCAAAGCAAAGUCUUUGAACGAAAGCUACUACGAUUUUGAAAGAGAGCUUACCAAAGAGCUUCCUACUAUUAUUGAAGAUUAUUCCAAGGGCAAAGCAACAUUGAUCUUCUGUUCUAGCAGGAGUGGAACACAGCAAGUGGCAAAUGCAUUGUCUGAAUACUGUCAGAAACGUAUCGAACAAAACUCCAACACUCCUUGGCCAACGGUGCGUGAAACAAACUGUCUUAGUUUUUCAAAUGAAGAGUUGCAAAAUUUGAGCAGAGAUGGCAUUGCGUUUCAUCACGCAGGUCUGGACAUCACAGAUAAGCGCAAGGUAGAAAGUGCUUUUGUCGAUGGCAAAAUCAAGAUUUUGUGUGCAACCACGACACUAGCCGUAGGCGUAAAUCUCCCGGCUUACUUGGUGAUCAUCCGCGGCACAAAACUUAAUACCGGAGUAUUUGAGGAACACAGCGAUCUCACUAUUUUGCAAAUGAUGGGUAGAGCAGGACGCCCGCAAUUUGACAAGGAGGGUGUUUGUGUCAUCAUGACAGAGCAAGACCGAAGAGAGCACUACGUACAAUUGUUGAAAGGUGAAAACAUCAUAGAAAGUACAUUACACCUCAGCCUAGGCGAGCAUAUCAACGCAGAAGUUUGUGCAAGAGGUCGAUGUCGAGCGUAUAAUAUUGAAAAAUGGUUGAAAGAGACAUUCUUGUUCACUCGAAUGUCCAAGAAUUGGGAACACUACAACAUCAAAGGUUGCUCAGAUAGACUUUCACCUGAAGAGAAUGUUCGAAACAUCACACGUGAAAAUUUGGAAGCACUCAGCGAGGUUGAUCUUAUCGAAAAUUAUGACAGCUCGAAACCUGACCAAGAAUUCAAUUCUACAGAGUAUGGCCGUACCAUGUCAAAUUAUAGCUUACGUAUGAGAACGAUGAUCGAGCUCAUGAAUCUUCAGCAAGGAGCAACAAUGCAAUCCCUCAUCUCAACGAUCUCUCAAGCAAACGAAUUUUCAGAUCUGUUUAUCAGGGCAGGAGAAAAAGUAAUGUAUAACAACGUCCUUCGCGAUCUCAAAUUACGCUUCCCGCCGACGAGGGUAGAGAGCUUACACGAAAAAAUUUCAGUCUUACUGCAAUUAGCUUUAACAGGAUUCAAAAUCAAAGAAAUCAUGGAGAAGGAAUCAAAAAUCUUUUCUGCCAAUGCGAACAAUGAGCAAUUACAAAUUUUGAAGACAGCCCCAAAGAUUGCUCGUGCCAUGAUGAAUAUUGCAAUCUACAGAAAAGAUGGAGCUUUCUUGAAUGAUGCAUACAUGCUGUCCCGCUCGCUGAAUGGCAAAUCUUGGGACGACGAAGGUGCCACAUUGACGCAAUUGGAUGGCUUAGGCUCCGGAACGAUGCAGUUGUUGUCUCAGCACAACUUUAAGUCCAUCAGAGCUCUUGCAAAAGCAAGCCCGGCUGAGCUAGCACUGAUGAUUUGCAGAACCACAACACAAGCUUCAAGGCUGAUAAAUGAUGCAAAAAAGAUCCCACAAAUCGACUUUGAAGCUCGAGAGGUGGACGUCCAACCAAAA